ACGAAGACUAACUUAUCCUGAUCAUAUAAACUAGCUCGUUAGCUAGUCGAUCAUAAUUCUUGCUUUACUAGCUUGAAUGAAUUUGAAAACCCUUCUUACUAAUACAAGUUACAAAUACUACUCGAUCUUCCGCUAAUAAGUUACGCAUCGAUCGAUUAUCUCCAGCCCUCUCCAAUUGUUCGAAUUAUAGGUCAUGGAUGAACAAGGCUGUGACUUGAAACUCUUACACUCGGAUCAGAGUUUUCUGCGGCUCAGUAGUAGUUCCGAUCAUCGUCUAGUUGAACCAUCAUUGAAAGAAAAGACAUUACUCGACGAUACCAAAGAAAUUGACCUCAGUUCCAGUAAUAAACCUCUGAAUCAACCGGCGCCUGCAAGUCACGUAAAGCUGACUGCGCUUCAGCUUCAAGUUGAGUUACAGCGAGGACACGAAGAGAAUCAAAAGCUCAAAACCAUGUUGGAGCAAAUCACCAAAAGCUACAAUGAGUUGCAGGAUCAGCUGCGCAUGAUCAGACUGCAACAGCAGCUGACAAAUUGUGCAGACAACAGCUAUCUCGAUCCAAAGUUGUCAUUCCAACAUGACGACCAAUCCCCCAAAAGUAGCACUCAUCACGAUAAUGAUCAAGAACAAGUUCUAGCUACUACUGAUCGCGAUCAGGUUCCUUUAAAGAGGGCUAGGGUCUCAGUUCGAACAAGAUCAGAAGCUCCCAUGAUUAGCGAUGGUUGUCAGUGGAGGAAAUACGGGCAAAAGAUGGCCAAGGGAAAUCCUUGUCCUCGUUCUUACUAUCGCUGCACUAUGAUUGCUGGAUGCCCCGUUCGGAAACAGGUGCAAAGAAUGGCAGAGGACAAGACCAUUCUGAUAACCACAUAUGAGGGUAAUCACAACCACCCUCUUCCCCCAGCCGCGAGAUCUAUGGCUAAUACCACAUCAGCAGCAGCAACUAUGUUGUUAUCAGGUUCAGCAACCAGCAAGAAAGAAGGUCAUCAUCAGCAUCUACCACAGUCUACCGGCUUGUUCUCUUCUCUUCAGCAUUCCUAUGUUUCUUCCAUGGACACCUUUUCAACCUCUGCUACAUUUCCCACAAUCACACUGGACAUGACCCGCACCCCUAAUACUAACCCUAAUUCUAUGCCAUUUAUGAACAACAAUGCCAUGCCCACGUCAUUUCCUCUUCCUUUGCAGGGUUAUAAUCAUCCCCUUAUAGGGCACCCCUUGUAUUCGAAUUUCUCUCAACCUAAUUAUGCAGCAGUAUCUCCAGCGGCAAAGGAACUAGAUCGGCGCCAUAGUUCGAUGGUUGAGACAAUAACUGCAGCCAUUACUUCUAACCCGAAGUUCACUACAGCCUUAGCUGCUGCCAUUUCAAACAGUAUGAACAAUGUUGAGAAUAUUAAUGCUGGAUUACAAGAAGGUUCCAAAGAUACUAGUUCCCUUAAUAGUAAUGGUAAUGAGGUUUGCGGUGCAUCUAGCUCCCCACAGCUUCCUGAGUCAUCCGCUACUUUCUCCACCAUCAUCUGAUCUUGCAUGCAUAUGUGCAAUAUGAUGUAUAUAUGGGUAUGUAGAAAAAUGGUGUAUUUAUCUGAGGACGUAAUCUUGCUACUGAACGUAAGAAAGAUUUGAUGGAUAUCUAGAUUGUAAAUAUUGGUGCAUUUAAUAUUUAUUAUUGUUUUUAAUUAUGGGUGAUUUAAUUUGGGUGUUACAUAUUAGAAUU